AUGGUCGGUGUUUGUCAUGUUACAAUUGUGUAAAAGCAACGUUUGUUUCCAAAAUUUGCGUUCUACUGUUCUAUAGUUACAAAAAUAUUAUUCAAAUAAACUCACAUACUGAAGAAGACUUAUUUAUAGGAAUGGGUGAAGAUGACGGAGAAUGGGUAUCAGUCGGUAAAAGCAAGAAGAAGAAUUGUCUGAUCGAGCCGUCGAUAGUGAAUACGGGCCACAAAUCUUCAGUUCCUGACGACGACUUUAAUGUCGCAGACUGCUUGGUUUAUCCAGACGUCUUUGGAAUUGUGCUUGAAAUGAGCGAUUGGCACGGGGUCAUUGAGGUCAACCAAGAUUGUUCUCAUUUUAUUCAGUUGCAAGCAUUUUUCCCUUCGGAAAACGACUCAUUGAUUGAAAUAAACCUUGGCAAGGGAAAGAAAAAUGGAUUGAAGGGCUGUAAAUUUUCAGGAGUUUCUGAAAUUUUAGAAGGCUCAAUUGUCAAUUUUUCGGUCCGCAUUCACACAUAUACGCUAAAAACAGAAAUUUAUGACCUAUCAGUGAAACGUUCGCACCCCAGAGAGCUUAUUUUUGAUCAAGCGACAGAAGAAAGUGUCGAUCUCAGAAGAAAUAGCUCGAACCAUUUCAUAACUUACGAUGCUAUAGUUGAAAAAAUUCCUUUUAAUCGCAACUAUUGCUUUGUCUUAGUUGAGAACUCAAAAGUUGAUCCACAGCUUUUCAAAUCACAUACGUUUUACCUCAAUUUUCGAAAUAUUUAUAGCUUGGGAGUCAAAGUAGAGGAAGAAGACGAGUUACAGCUUCACUUCGCCCCCGGAUACAUCAAAAAAUACCAAAACGACCCGAAAAAUGUGCCAGUAACCAAAGCUUAUUUGAAGAAAUUCGGAAAACUUCGAGAUGAAUUCAGGGUUGCCGAGGAAGUUAUUCUCUUCUUCCAUUCAAUCAAUGAUGGCACUUUGACAAAUAGAGAUGCGAUGAAUCACUUUAGUAAUGAAACGUCGGUGAAGACGGUUUUGUCGGCUUUGUUGUCUCCCAAAUCCCGCCGGCAUACAAUGCACAACGAAAAAAUUUCAGGCGCCAUUUUACUUAUAAUACAAUAUAGCGCAAACUACUUAGGGGACCAUUACACGAAGCAACUACUUGAAAUAUUGAACAAGUUCAAUUUCCUGGAUGAAAAUUCCAACUUCCAUAAGUUCAUUUCAGAUUUAGAAACAUUAAAAGGUUUUGCUUCUGCAACGACCAUUUACUAUUUUUUCUUCAUCGUCAAAAGCCAUCACGACGAAUUGUCACAAAAAGUUGAUCACAUAAUUUUAAACCACUCAGCUUUUGCCCGCCUUCCUCUUUUCAAUGACUUAUUGAAAAACAAGAGCUUAAGAGAUCAGUCGACAAACAAUGUCCCCAUAGCACCCAACUUACAUGAAGUGCAUGAGUUCGUUUAUCACCAGCGAAAAACUUUUGACGAGCUGCAUCCAGUUCGAACUGUCGGCGAAUACGACUCUCAAGAAGGUUAUCUCGAAACAUAUUUCAGACUGGCCAAAUACGAGUGUUUCUACGGAGCCUUGAGUGCCAUUAAAUUAUUAGCGGACGGAAAAGACGUUGAAAGGGAGGCUUUAAUAGCAAAAAACGGCUCUCUAACCGUGCCCUUAAAACCUGGUAACACACGAACAUUUACUGUCAGCGCAAAACCUCAAGACCGAGCUUCCAAAAAAUUCCAGCAGCGGUAA